AUGUGGAUGGGAGCACCCCCAGGUCAAUCAAACAAAAACGAACAACCACACCAACAACAAAUAAUCCAAACAUCCCAACAACAACAUUUAAUAGCCAAACUUUUAGAACAUCAAAAACAAACAAAAACAUCAAACAAAACAAAAACAGAAGAAACACAACAACAACAACAACAAAACAACACUAACGGAACGACAUUUAACCAACAGACAAAUUGCCAACAACAACAAUUUUUGCCAUUUGGUAGAGACGAAAUGGCAGCAGCUUCAACAAUGUUAUUUGCCCAAAUACAACAACAACAAAAACAACAAUUAUUAUUUCAAUUAAAACAACAACAAAAUGAAAGAGAAGAAGAGAAAAAAAUUGAAGAAAAGGAGCAAGUCUUAAAUAAAAAUGGUAGUAGAAAAAAUUCUGUGAUUAAAAAAGUUGGAAAUAAUGAGAAAAUGAAGCAAAAUUAA